CGGACGGAGAGAAAAUAAACCCAGACAUUUAAAUAACGUCACUUCCGGGCGGUGGGCGUGUCCUAAACUGUCAACUAACCGAAGAACAACAAAAACAAACACAACACCGAGGGGGUUCCGGGAACGGGGCGGAGGCAUGUGAUCUGAUGUGUUGUUGAAAACAGUCUCUCCUUUGGUCUCUGCUACAUCAGAGAUACCUUCUCAGGGCUGGAACCAUGGAGUCAUCCUCUGAUGAAGAGGAGGUGCGCACCUUCGUCCAAGUCCUCAGUGAGAAGUACAACCCAGAGAAUUUCCCCUAUGGCCAAGGCCUGGGAGUAGUGCUUCUGCCCAGCCCUCCAGGAUCCCCCGUCAAGGAUCGCCUGUUCUUGCCCAGCGUACUGGUUCUGAAUGACUGUGGAAUCAGUAAAGCUGGUGACAAGUCAGACAUUGCAACUUUGUGUGCCCAUGUGGUUGAGUUGGACCUGUCCUACAAUCAGCUGAAUGACUGGGGAGAGAUCUGCACCAUUGUUUCCAAUAUUCCCCACCUGGACUUCCUCAACCUGAGCAUGAAUCCUCUGAGCGGCGUGGAGCUGGAGCCCAGCAUGGCUGAGAUUUUCUCCAGGGUCCGACGGCUUGUCCUGAUCAACACACACGUCAGCUGGGACACGGUGCACACGCUCACGCAACAUACACCAGAGCUGGAGGAGCUUUUUCUGUGCCUGAAUGGCUACAACUCUGUGUCAGAAUCCCAGACGUCCUGUCCGUCACUACGCCUGCUGCAGAUUACAGACAACCAGCUGCAGGAAUGGGCGGAAGUGAGGAAGUUUGGCCUGAUGUACCCGUGUCUGAGCACGCUGGUGCUGGCCAACAACAGUGUGAACUCGGUGGGAGACACUCAGGAAACGCUGCAGCGCCUCUUCCCCAACCUGCGCAGCAUCAACCUCAACAACUCAGGGCUCAGUAAAUGGGAGGACAUUGAGAGGCUGAAUUUAUUCCCGAAGCUGGAGGAAGUCAAGGCAAAGGGGAUCCCUUUAUUGCAGCCUUACACCCCCCAGGAGAGGCGUAGUCUCCUUUUAGCACAGCUGCCAUCUGUGGUGGUGCUGAAUGGGGGUGCGGUGUCUAACGGAGAGAGGGAGGAUGCUGAGAGGUUCUUCAUCAGGUACUACCAGGACUGCCCACAGCAGGAGCUUCCGGAGAGGUACCACAUCCUUGUAUCCAAGUAUGGUCACCUGGCCCCUCUGGCGGAGGUGGACCUGAGCCCCCGCUGCACCAUGGUGGAUGUCCGUUGGGGGGAGAGGGUGGAGGCAGUCAGCCUCCGUCUGGAGCAGACAGUGUGCGACCUGAAGAAACACCUCAGAGCUCUGCUGCAGCUGCCCACCAAUGGCAUCAGGCUUUUCUACAUCAACCGGGAGAUGUGUUCAGUCUUGGGACCUGAGGAGUUGAAGUGCGGCAGCCGGGCCCUCCACUCCUACAGCAUUCGAGAUGGGGAUGAGAUUCUAGUAGUGCCCAAAGUGAAAAGCCGCUGCAGCUCCUCAGAUCUUUGAGCCUGGUUUCAAAUAAAUGGGACUUAAAGGGGUUUUAGAGAAUGGACACUUACUUGAUACUAAGCUUUGACUGGAGCCUUUUUUUUUUUUUUUUUAGAUUAAAAAAAAAAGGGUGAUAUUUUCAGCCUUGAAUGUAAAGAUGUUUGCUGUCCAUCACAUUGAACAAAUUUUUACAGUAGUAUAUUUGCACAGAGGAGUUCCACGUACACAAAGUUGGUAACUUGAGCGAGAGUCACACAUUUUUGUGCUUUAAGUGGCUUGAACUGAGACAAGUUUACAUCUCAUUUAUGAAAAAUGUUAUGCAAAUCCAGAUUCGGUGCAAAACGUUUUCUGUAAGAAAAAAAAAAAACAGCUGCCAUAAUUACAAUUGAACGCACAAAUUGCACAUUGAUUUUAAAAUUAAAACCACUCUAUAAUUGGUGUUUGCCAGAUUAGGAUUGAUACCCCUCCCCUUCUCUUGCCUGAGCUGCUGGUGACACUGCUGCACCGUGCUUGGAACUUAUUAGUAUUUAUUUGAGUAGUGAAAAUUGUUGAAAUUGAGUUUAAAAAAAAAAAAAGAAUCCUACACAUGUUAAGAUGUUAAUUGGAUUUUAAAAGUACCAGCUGCUGCAUAUACAUUAGUAGUUUCAGUGCUGGUUGUGUUUUUGUAAUGCCUUGGCCGGCUUUUCUGCACCAUAAUGAGCAGUUCACGUGUUCUCACCUUUUUUCAUUUGAAUUUCCAGUGCUUGAAAAUUAGUUUACUGAAAACCGUGUGAACAGUAUCCUCUGGCAGCAGUGAGCAGUGUGGUUUUUUGUUUUUUUUGUUUUUGUUUUUUUGUGCCUGGGUGAAAAAUCAUUCUAAGCCAAGCUGCUCCUUAAAAGCCAACACAAUGGCCACCUUAAUGAUUGCAGCCAAUCUGAAUUCACUUAACACAGAGUCCUCACGGGACCUUUCAAUUUGUGGAUGUUUGUUAUUGCCAAGGACUUGUGAUUGAGGUACAGUUCACGUUUGCAUUACAUACAAAUAACUACUACGUGGGCAACAAAAUGAAUGAUUGACAUUUCUUUUACGUUUUCUUGACCAUGACAGGCUCAAACUUAUUUAACCUUCAUUCAAGAGUAGAGUUGCUGGUGAGAAUGUUCUUUUAGAGAAACACAAUGGUGUGCAUAAGUAACACAAACCAUUCUCUGCUUCUUCCUGACCAGUGUACUUCACAUUGCUCUGCUUAGAUAUCCUGGGCUAACCCCGAGCCGAUGCACAAAUGCAGUGUGUUGGGAAUAACAUAGAGCACAUGGCUCCUGCUCAGUCGAGGCGCCCUGGCAGAAAGACGAGACAAGUCUGAGGUGAGCCUGGGUCUGGGACAGAGAAGAGAUGGAGGGUUGAUGCUCAAGUUACUGCAGGUCUUCUGGCUGUCCAGCCCAUGAAUGGAGCAGCUCUCUCUCCCCGCAGAGGCACAUGAGAAACAUUGAGGCCCGGUCCGUAUGGUAACCACACACCAGCUGCUGUGUCAUGGACACUUCCGCUGUAGGUAGGUUAGAAUGGGUGCACCUAACAGGCUCUCACCCCUCACCCAUUCACCUCAGUCUGUCCUUUACAUCGGACUCACAAACCUGACACUUUUCAUGUCUGUUUCACAGGAUGUGAGGUUGUGAUCCUUUGCGUUGGCUCACAUUGGCGGUGUCUGUUUUCAGUUUUUAUCUUUUUUUUUCUUUAUUGACUCAGGACCAUGGCUACACGAUAUGAAGUACAAACAAAACAGAAAUAUAAUCGCACCUGAUCAAUGGCUCCCUGCAGGGGUAAAAUACAACAUGAAUUACUUAAAUAACUUUCUUCAGAUAGCCACCAAACAUACCAGUAACACUACAAUCAAUGACAGAAAACCUCAUUCCCACCUGCGCUGUUUGUUUGGAAAUUGAAAGCUCGAAUUAUGGUUCUCUGAAGACGCACAUAAUUGUUUCUGUGGGUCUACGCAGAGAAUCCAAUGCACACGCCUCUCAGAUGUUAAACAUGUGGUGCUGAGCUGAGCAUCAAGAAAGCUGAUUGUCUGAUCCAACUUCGUAUGAAGGCAGAUUUCAGAAUGGAAAUGUUCUCCUGUACGACCCCUGUGCAAGUUUGGUUUUGUGCAACCCAGACAAGUGUGUUCCAGCCUUAAGCAGUUGUGCUGUUGACAAAGUGGCUCCUGAUUUUCUUGUUUUCUUUUCCCUACACUGUUUGGCUGCUUCUACAAGAAGACACUGAGAAGUCUUUUCCACCUUUUCAAUUCUGACUGCUGAAACCGUUUUUCCUAUGAAUGGUGUCCUCUUCCCAAAUACUAAUGAGAACAUCCAACAGCCAACAAACGUUCUCCAUUACGCUUCUUUAUUUGGUUGUCCUGCUGUUGUAUUUGCUGUAGAUGGUGUAGCAGCUCGACUGCCGAUGUGUCACCUGCUGCAGCACUGCCACUUCCAAGUGCCAGGAACUUGCUUUACUGUCAGCUUUUGAGCAGUGGUGAAAUUUAUGUCCAGGAGCUUGUCCCGAAAGCAGCAACAGUGGGAAAGUAUGAGCAUUACUGCUCCGACAUCAGCUGCAUUCGGUCAUGACAAGUGUCGCGAGACUUUAAAUGCAGAGGAGUUUAUUUUAAAAUGUUUCUCUUGAACACUUUUACACCAAUUUUACCUUUGAAUGAAGCUCAGCUUUGUUUUACCAAAACCAUGUGAAAAUGUGUCGAGGCGCCGUCCUCCUGUGACAGCCUUAAAGUGUUGUCCUGAUCGCAUGGCCGACACAGACUUCCGUUGUGUAGUAGAUAACUGGAGAUAUUGUAUUAUUCUAUAUUAUGACUGCGUGGAUUCAUGGGAAAUUACGGGACGAGCGUGAAACAUUUUGUUUCUGAAGUGGAUUGCCGUGUUGGUUUGCAUGUUCUGAUGUUUCUUGAUAUGUUUGAUUUAAAAUGUGUGUGUGAGAUGUGUCAUUUCAGGGAAACAAAGUUGUUUAUGGGCAUUUGUAAUUUUGACAUUUCUAAAAUAUAGGUGUCUUCCUCACCUUUAUCCUUCAGUAAUACCAAAUACAAAGAUUAUUAUUAAUUAAAAAAAUCUAUGAGGUAGUUGCUUAUCUGUAAUACAGUUUGCCUUGUGCUGUUUAGUAUAUGGUGUUUAAUUUAUAUCACAUUUUCUUUUCUGUAGUUUCUUACAUGUGUAUCUUGACAUUUUCAGUGGUAAAGUCUUGUUUUCUCUCUUGAGACCAUAAAGCCAUUUCUUCACCUGUACUGUAUAAUGGUGCUUUCACUUCUCUUAAAGAAAUAAAUUAUAAUUAUUCCAGCUUA